CACUCGCUGCAGGCCUGUACCAACCGAGAGGAGAGAAAAUGGCGAUGGCGGCGGCGAGGAGAGCCCUCCUGAAUCACCUCCGCGUGCCGGUGGCGCACCCGGCGACUGCAGUGGCGGUGGCGGCAGCGGGAAGCGUCCCUGUUGCCAGGCUCCUGUCUUCGACCACGGAGGUGGAGAAGGGGUCGUUCCUCGACAAGGGCGAGGUCGCCGACCGCGUUGUCUCCGUCAUCAAGAACUUCCAGAAGAUCGAACCUUCCAAGGUGACUCCUAAUGCUCAUUUCCAGAAGGACCUCGGGCUGGACAGCCUGGACACGGUCGAGAUCGUCAUGGCCUUUGAGGAGGAAUUCUGCUUGGAGAUCCCUGACAACGAGGCGGAGAAGAUCGAUUCCAUCAAGACGGCGGUCGACUUCAUCGCCUCGCAUCCUCAAGCGAAAUAAGGAUGCUUUCUUGCAGCAUUUCUCGGUUCCCACCUUGGACGUGCUCUGUCUCUGGGAAGGACAGGGGUUUUUUUUUUUUUGUCGUAGUUUCCCGUUAGGUGGAACUAUGUGAGGAUUACUCUGCUGAUUUUGUGCCUGCUCAAUAGCAAGCCUAUGUUGGUUCCUUUUCUGUAUCUGCUGGAAUAAAUAAUGCACCGCACCAUUUGUUGGCGAUGGUAGCUUCUUUUGCAGCCAAAGUUGCGUUGCUGGCUCACACUAAUUCAUCUGUAAUGAGAAAUUGUAGCCUCAGAUGGAAUUUGUCAGUUUUUGCC